AUGCUGCCCAAGGUCGCGAACCACAUCCUGCACCAGACGACUAGGGCUGCGGCCGUCGUCCAGUCGCAUUCGACACACACUAUUAGAAAUGUCCUGCGCACGGACACCACGACAAACUUGCCCCCCUGGAAUGGUUCCAGCUCCAGCUCGAACUGGGGUAACAACGGCACAGGUCCGGGGUCGGCCAAGUACAACGCUGGGAGUCGUUUCCAAAACGGCUACACUGGUGCGGGACGGGCUGUCACUCACGCAAAUGCAAUCACCUCACAAGACCAGACAUUUGGUCGGGACGACGACAGCGAAGAGUUCCAAGUGAAGCGCGUUUCGCUCAUACGUCGACCGAAGCCCAAAAGCCCGAGGUUGCGUAGCCAUAGCUUGUCCGUAAACGCGCAGGAACGCAAUGAACGUGGUGAGAACCUGGGCGUCCUCGAAAGUGUACAGAUUCACGCUCGGUCGCGUCAUGCGUUUGCGCAGGCUCCCUCGUCGAAUGUCGAUCACAUGCUCCUCGCAUCAGGUCCCAUCCCCUCGGUCACAACUGCUCCUACGCCCGUCUUGGUUCGUCGCAACUCUACAUCGGUCACUCGUGAACAGACUUCGUCUUCGGAGCCACCACUCUCCCCUCCAGCGAACGCCGCUUCUUCAUCACCGUCAACCGAUCCUGCAGCGCCCCAGAGCGUCGCUCCACCACAGCCUGCUUCAUCUGUUACAGACGAUGCAACAUACAUGGCCUUAUGCGCUGCUCUCGAGUCUCAGGAUCCCGCUCAGGUCGUUACCACAGUUGCCAACUUUGUUGAAUCUGACCAAAACCCGUCUGUCGCCCAAUUCAACAAGGCCUUGGAAGCUUUGCACGAGACGCGUCGUGCUGGCGAACCUUUGACGCUCAUUUUGGACACUUACAAUGCCAUGCUUGCUCGCUCACUGAUACCUAACUUCAGGACGUACUUCAUCCUCAUGUUAGCAUUGACCGACCGUGAUCAUGAAGUCCACCGCAUGACCCAUUCCCUCAGUGUUCGUAGCGAUAAACGUAUGAUCUCCGGCACGACGCCCCCAAGCUCUCCUCAGAUUGGCAUAGAUCAAACACGCGUUGAACAGCUCAAGCGGGAAAAUAACUUUGGUUCUGCGUUGUCGUUGUUUGAAGCAACAAUUGCGAUCGACGGGAAUAGCAAGCUCCCAGGGAUGGCGUACAACCAAUUGCUUCGCGCAUGUUCCUACCAUGCUUCCGUCGACAGCGCCAUACACGUAUUCGCUCAGCUUGAAGCUCGCAAGGAUAUUCGACCUUCUGCCCUUACUUAUCUCUACAUGAUGUCGACAUACACCAAUGCCAAUGAUGCCAACGGCGCUCGUGCUGUCUUUGACGAAUUCCUUUCUGCUGCCAAGGAAGGUCGGGUCGUCUGGAAUGUCGCCCCGUGCAAACCCGAGAAGCAGAUCUACGAUCCAUCGAAGCCUUUGCAGCGGUCGACCGCUUCUCGCAAUAUCCAACUUCAAAUCUGGAACAAGAUGAUCGAAGCGUCCUUCCGUUCGAACCCACCCGUCCCGGUCGAUGCAAUCAGCCUCUUCGAAACCAUGCUCAACUCCCCUGCGCCUCCCUUGUUCGGUCCUUCUGAUGUCCCUCCUCCAGCGUCUUCGACCUACACAACCAUCAUCAACGGAUUCGUCAGCACCGGUGAUUUGGAUAGCGCACUGUCUUGGUUCGACAACCUUCUGAAACAGGCAGACCCACCACGCAAUCCCUUCGAGUCCACGAAACGUCCCGUCAGACCUGAUGUCGUUGCUUGGAUGACCAUCCUCGAUGCGCUCGCCUUCGCUUCCAACAAGGAUUUCAACCGUGUCGACGAUCUCAAUCGCCUUUUCAGAGCUUUCUGUGCAAACGCCAACCGGGACGGUCUCGAAGUUCGAAUAGUCGAUCGUCUGAUUACCUUCCAGGCCAACAUGAACCACAUGAGGGAUAUCCCACGUCGGUCGUUCUCCCCUUCCCAAAGGGACACGCUCAAGGCUCGCUUAGACUUCUUGGUCCAGUACGUCUUAUCUGAGAAGUUCAAGCGUCCUCAGGCCCAGAAUAUGAUCCACGAAGUCGUGACUGCGUACCUCCAACUUGGACAUCUCCCUUCCGCUAUCAACCUUUUGGAACUACAGAUUGCGGAUGAGAUGAAUACGCUUGACCAGCAACGCACUGAGGGUAUCAUUACUCCCGAAGUCGCGGGAAACGCGCAAACCGCUAUUCAGAAUCUUGCCGUCCAACGUGUGCAAGAAAUUUACGACAUUCAACGACAGUCCGACCAGGACCUUCCAUUCGGCGCUGCUAUCCAGCUUGCGAGGAUCUGCGACAAGAUCGGCGUCCUUCCUAGCUUGAAUGCGCAGGCAGCUGAGCUCUUGCAUUCUUACGGCGUUGCCAAAAGGGAUGGUCAAAUUGUAAACGAUCUAGCCUCGAGAGACUGGGAAUUGUUGGCCUACGCUGCUGCAGAAAUGGAGCUACCCCAGCAGGACGGAAGCCUCCCUUCGAAGUCAACCAUCAAAGACUACGCAUUUGCAGGAGGCGUCGUGGAAUUGCUCGAAGACAUGGCGAAGAACAACGUCAAUCUUCAGCAACUUCAACAGGUGCUCGUGCAGAGGAUGGUUCAGGCAAUAUUCCUCAACAAAGGUGUUGAUGUGCUCAAGGCCACCUUCAAGCGUAUGGGCCCCGCCUACGAACAGUUCUUGGCUAAUCCACAGAGGGAACUCGAUGCCUUAGCUGAAGCAGUCGCAACGUCCCCAGUAUCGGAAAGUGAUAACGGAUCAGUCGAGACUGACAGCUCUACCCUCGUCGCGGACCUUCGAAUUAAUCCCUACACCACCCAAUUUAUCGACGAGCUCUUGCAGGUCACCAAAGAGAACCGCAAACCGGAUCCCCUCACGGCGUACGCUCGCUUUGAGGCUGAACUCCAAAAGGGAAUCACUGCAGGCCCUGCUGUACUAGGGCGCUUGAUUCAAGGAUUGGGUCGUCUCGGUGAAGUCGACAAAGUUCGCGAAGUCUACACGGUGGCGCAGUCCGUUCUCAUGUCACUCGAGUAUAACAAGAAGUGGCAGUCACAAGCAUGGUUCAUGAUCGAGGACAGUAUGAUCAUUGCUCUCGCCCAUGCUGGUGAUAUCGACUCUGCUCAUGUUCAUCGUAUUCGUAUCCUUGACCAAGGCGGCGCACCUACUGCCGAUGCUUACGGUGCCUUGAUUUUGUAUGUUAAGGAUACAACCGACGAUACGUCGAACGCCAUGGCCUUGUUCCAAGAAGCUCAAUCGCAGAACGUCGCGCCCAAUCUCUACCUUUACAACAACAUCAUCUCGAAGCUGGCCAAGGCUCGCAAGGCUGACUACGCGUUGGAGUUGUUCCAAGAGAUGAAGGCUGCGCACAUCCGACCCUCUUCUAUCACUUAUGGCGCUCUCAUUGGUGCUUGUGCGAGAGUUGGCGACGUUCAUUCAGCGGAGAUCUUAUUUGACGAAAUGACCAAACAAACCAACUUCAAACCUAGGAUCCCCCCCUACAACACGAUGAUGCAGUUGUACACGACGACGAAGCCAAAUCGCGACCGUGCUCUGUUCUACUACAACGCGCUUCUCCGUGCGGGUAUCAGGCCAACCGCUCAUACUUACAAGCUUCUCCUUGAUACUUAUGGGACCAUCGAGCCAGUUGAUAUCAAUGCCAUGGAGGACGUGUUUAAGCACCUUGAAGAAGACUCGAAUGUUGCCAUUCAAGGCGCGCACUGGGCGGCUGUCAUCAAUGCUUGGGGUUGUGUUGUCAAGGACCUCGAUAAAGCUAUUGAAACCUUCGAUGCCAUCGCUACUCACCCUAGCACACUCAAGUCAUCUACUCCCCUUCCCGAUGCUGUCGUAUUUGAAGCUAUGAUCAACGUCCUGGUUGCUCAUCAUCGCACCGACCUGAUUCCCCAUUUCUUGGAGAAACUCAAUGCGGCCGGUAUACAUAUGACAGCGUACAUUGCCAAUUGCCUCAUUAAAGGCUACGCGCUGAACGGAGAGCUUGAUCACGCGAGGAGCAUCUUUGAGUCCCUCCAAGACCCUCCCGAGGGAGUUGCCGCGCCUCAUAACCACGCACCACACCAACCUACCCAGUCUACGAAGGUUGAAGUCAUGGCGCCUGUCUAUCGUGAGCCUUCAACGUGGGAAGUCAUGGUACGAGCGGAAUUAGGUGCCGGUAAUCGCGACAACGCUCUAUUCCUCCUUGAACGUCUGCAGGCACGACAAUACCCGGACGCAGUCUAUAACCGUAUUAGCGGCAUUAUGCUAGACUACACAACGCCAUCUCCAUGA